GUGAGCGGCUACAAUUAUCCUAGCCUCGAACUCCAGUUGCGGUUGAAGUUUUCUUGAGUGGCACGUCUGCGCGCGUAUCUGAAAGCAGCAAAAAUGGUCUACGAAUCGAACAUCAACAUCACAAUUGACACGAUAUGUCCCUGGACCUAUCUCGCGCGGCGACGCGUCCAGCGCGCCCUCGACCAAGUGCGCGCCGCGCACCCCGACUGCCCCACCACGUUCAAGAUAAAGUACUCGCCCUUCCAGCUCUACCCCCACGCCAACAAGGAGGGCGAGGACCGGUACGCGUGGUACAAGAAGCUGCGGUACAGCGACAGCGAGGAGAAGAUGGAGGCGUACACGGUGCUGAUGAGCGCGUACGGCGCCGACUACGGCAUUAACUUCAAGUUCGGAGGCCCAGUCGCCAAUACGCUCGACGCGCACCGCGUCAUCCAGCACUUCCAAGCGCAGAAAGGCGCUGAGGUCGCCGACAAACUCGUCGAAUCGCUCUUCAGCCAAUACCACGAGCACGAGCGGCACCCCUCAUCGCGGGAAACGCUGCUCGCCGCCACAGCCGCAGCCGGGAUCCCAGAAGCCGAAGCCGCAGUCGUGAUCGACGACCCGCGGGCCGGGCUGCAGGACCUGGAGGCGCGGCUGCAGGAGCAGCGCGUCAACGGCGUCGACACGGUGCCGUUUAUCGUGGUCGAGGGCCGGCGGCGCGACUUGCAGCUCGAGGGCGCGCGCGAGGUCGAUGAGUACGUCAAGUUGCUGGAGCAGACGGUUAGGGAGAGCUCGUAGGGGUGCGUGCGUGGACGGCGGCGGGGUGGCGUUGGGUUGUUUCGGCGCUGCUGCUGCUACUCGUACAUACCGCCACCGCCGCCCACUGAAGCGCUUCAGGCCCCACCACGCCUUGCGAUGACGAUGACGGCGUCGGCAGCGGAACCCAGAACCUUACGGGGCAGCGGUUCUCGAUGCGGGCUUUUUCUUCAGUGCCUAGGUAGAGUAGUGCGGUCAGUCGGAGAUGUCGGAAGCGAUAUUGCCGCAUCGGGCAACGGAAUGGGCUCUGGGGCUCUGGUGCGCCUAGCUACUGGUAGCCACCAAGUGCCAAAUGCCGAGCACGAGCGCGAACUAGAACCGAGAA